AUGGGCAAUCGCCGUCAGAAAUCAUUAUCCAAGUCCAUCCAGUCUGCGUUGACUCGCGACCCAGACCGCUUUAAGAAGUCUGCCCUUGGAAAAUUGAUAGCCUUCUUUUCUGUGUACCGCAUUAAGCUUGUCCGCCAUGAGAAGAUCCUCUUUGAUCAACUGCGCCAAGAUAUCUGGGAGCUCAACGAAGAUGAAUAUAGGGGAAGCUUUCAUACAACCAGAGGUCAGCCACCGCUGAAGACGAUGGGUGACUUGGGUUACUCGGGCUCUACAUUCUUCUCAACCCUGGAUGCGCAUUUUCUUGUGAAAAGCUUGCCGAGACAUUUCGAGUAUUCGUUCUUCGAGGGGAACCUCCUUCAGCCGUACUUUGAAUAUAUGUCCCAGCAUCCAGAUUCGUUAUUAGUUUGGAUUACCGACUACAUCAUCGCACCAUAUGUUACUCUUGGCACCAUCUUUGGUUUUACUCCAGCUCGUCAUAUAAUUAUGGAGAACGCCCUUUGUGGUAAAGAUGAAGACCCAGCGGCUGAAGGAUGGGAGACUUACGACUUAAAGCCGAUUGACUACUUUUUUCCCGAACGUGACCUUUUACCGGAGGCCCUUGUGAGUGAAGAAACCCUCAGCAAGCUGGCAGAUACCUUCAGCGACAAACUCCACCUGUGGCGGGCGGAUUACGAGAAAUUCUGGGAGUCAAUCCAGGACGAUACCAAAUUUCUUGAGGAAGCCAAUGCAGUCGAUUACUCGUUGUUCUUAGUGCGGAUUCCUGCCUCCUCGGAGCCCACUGUUCGAGGACGAGCGAGCCCUUGGAGGAUAGGACUGUCAUCCGCCGAUGGACGCUGGAAGUAUCGCGCAGCUGUGCUCGACUUCUUUUAUGCUCGGCACAAGUUGCAAGCCCAGGCACUAUCAGGUGUGGUGCAAACAUUCAAUGUCAUUGGUCGCCAAGGUCCCAUGACAAUCACGACAACUGCAAGUGAAUAUCGCGCGAAAUUCCUUGCUAUGAUAGCAGGAUUCAUCACGGUUCAUUGA